AUGUCACUGCGUCCAAAUAGAUUUAAAGGGUCAACGUCCGCCCGAUUUGUUAAGAAUGAAAUCAAUACAAAUUAUAGAAAUACAAAAGAAUAUCGUCUGCAACAAAACAGCCAAGUUGUUGAUCCAUAUGUUGCCAACAAUCCUAUGCUCAAUGAGUCAGUCCAAAGAAAAGAGCUUGUUCAACGAAUAGACAAUAUUGAUUCACUUAUGGGAUUUGAUAGAUUUGAUCACGGGGAAAAUGAUGGAAAUAAACCACGUAAAGGGUGGUUGAUUAAUUUUCAUGCUACAACUAUACCGAGUGAUGAAUAUUUGACAGGAUAUUCUGGUGUUGACUAUUAUUUUCUUGAUGAAGAAGGAGGGAGUUUUAAAGCUACUCUACAGUACGAUCCAUAUUUUUUCAUUGAUGUAUUACCAGGAGAUCAUGAGCUGGAGGUUGAAGAAUGGUUGAGAAAGAAUCUCGAAUCUUGUAAUGUCAAAAAAUUCAGUCGUGUUAUCAAAGAUGCUUUGGAGUUGCCUAACCAUUUAUUGGGGCUUAAGAAGAAUUUAAUCAAACUUAGUUUUCAUAAUAAUCAAGACUUGUUGGCUGCUAAAAGGAUAUUGACACCAAUCAUUAAAGACAAUCAACUAAAACGAGAAUCUAGAGAUCUUUAUAAUUUUAAAGACGUUGACUCUUCUUCAGAUCCAUCUACCUACAUUGAUGAUAUAAGAGAAUAUGAUGUUCCAUACCACGUGAGAGUUUCCAUAGACAAACAAUUAAGAGUUGGUAAAUGGUAUGAUGUAUAUGCUAAGCAUUCAAAGAUCGAGAUUGUUGAAGACAAAGAAAAAAUUGCAUUUGCAGACCCUGUUGUUCUUGCGUUUGAUAUCGAAACCACAAAAGCUCCUUUAAAGUUCCCUGAUGCCAAGGUUGAUCAAAUAAUGAUGAUUUCCUAUAUGAUCGAUGGUGAAGGUUUCUUAAUCACAAACAGAGAAAUUAUUUCUGAGGAUAUUGAAGAUUUUGAGUACACUCCUAAACCAGAAUAUCCAGGUUUGUUUACAAUUUUUAAUGAACCAGAUGAAAAGCAUUUAUUGAUGAGGUUUUUUGAACACGUCCGUGAAGUUAAACCUACCGUGAUUGCAACAUUUAACGGGGAUUUUUUCGAUUGGCCAUUUGUUGAAAAGAGGGCUAGAUUCCACGAUAUGGAUAUGUUUGAUGAAAUUGGUUUUGCGAAAGAUAAUGAAGAUGAGUAUAAAUCUAAAUACUGUGUGCACAUGGAUUGUUUCCGAUGGGUCAAGAGAGACUCAUAUUUGCCUCAAGGUUCUCAAGGUUUGAAAGCCGUCACUACUGUCAAGUUAGGUUAUAAUCCCACUGAAUUGGAUCCUGAAUUAAUGACUCCUUAUGCAUAUGAAAAGCCACAAUUGUUAUCUGAGUAUUCUGUAUCUGAUGCCGUUGCAACCUAUUACUUGUACUACAAAUAUGUUCAUCCUUUUAUCUUUUCGUUGUGUACAAUUAUUCCGUUGAAUCCUGAUGAAGUGUUAAGAAAAGGUACUGGUACCUUGUGUGAAAUGUUGCUUUCUGUUCAAGCAUAUGAAGGAAACAUUCUAUUGCCGAAUAAGCAUGCGGAUCCAAUUGAAAGAUUCUAUGAUGGACAUUUAUUAGAAUCAGAAACGUAUGUUGGGGGUCAUGUUGAAUCUUUGGAAGCUGGUGUAUUUAGAAGUGACAUCGACACCGAUUUCAAGGUAGACCCUACAGCUAUUGAUGAGUUGUUGGGCAACUUGCGCAAUUCCAUGCAAUUCUGCAUAGAGGUAGAAAAUGGUAAGAAAUUGGAAGACGUUGAAAACUUUGAAGAGAUCUACAGCAAGAUUGAAAGUUCUCUAUUAAAUUUGAAGAAUACACCUAUUAGACAUGAAAAGCCACUUAUUUACCACGUCGAUGUGGCAUCCAUGUACCCUAACAUUAUGACAACAAAUCGUUUACAACCUGAUUCAAUGAAAACAGAAGAAGAUUGUGCAGCUUGUGAUUUUAACCGACCAGGAAAAAACUGUGACAGAAGAUUGCCUUGGGCAUGGAGAGGAGAAUAUUAUCCUGCAGAAAUGAAUGAAUACAAUAUGAUUAAAAGAACUUUGCAGAAUGAAACAUUUCCUGGUGCAAAGCCGUGGUUACCUCCAAGAACAUUUGACGAAUUGCCUUAUGCUGAACAAGCUUCAUUGAUCAAAAAGAGAAUAUCUGAUUAUUCUAGAAAAGUUUAUCAUAGAGUAAAGGCCAGUAAAGUGGUUACAAGAGAAGCAAUCAUUUGUCAAAGGGAAAAUCCAUUUUAUGUGAACACUGUUAGAAGCUUCCGUGAUCGUAGAUAUGAAUUUAAGGGGUUAGCAAAAGUUUGGAAAGGUAAAGUUGGCAAAAUUGAUGCCAGUGAUACUAUUGCAAGAGAUGAAGCAAAGAAAAUGGUUGUUCUUUAUGAUUCUUUGCAAUUAGCGCAUAAGGUUAUUUUGAACUCCUUUUAUGGUUAUGUCAUGAGAAAGGGUUCUCGUUGGUAUUCAAUGGAGAUGGCAGGUGUUACUUGUCUUACUGGUGCAACAAUUAUUCAAAUGGCAAGAUCAUUGGUUGAAAGAAUUGGUAGACCAUUGGAGUUGGAUACUGAUGGUAUUUGGUGUAUUCUUCCAAGCACUUUCCCUGACCGUUACAGUUUGAAAUGUAAGGAUGGCAAAAAGAUCCACUUGGAAUAUCCUUGUUCGAUGUUAAAUUAUUUGGUGCACCAAACUUAUACAAAUCACCAAUAUCAAGAUUUGGUUGAUCCAGAGACUUUUAAAUACGAAACAAGAUCUGAUAAUUCUAUUUUCUUUGAACUUGACGGUCCGUAUAAGGCCAUGAUUCUUCCAACGUCUAAAGAAGAGGGUAAAGGUUUGAAAAAGAGAUACGCUGUUUUUAAUGAUGAUGGGUCAUUGGCAGAAUUGAAAGGUUUUGAAUUGAAGAGAAGAGGGGAAUUACAAUUGAUUAAAAAUUUCCAAUCUGACAUUUUCAAGUUAUUCUUGGAAGGAAAUACUUUAGAAACGUGUUACCAGGCUGUUGCAACUGUAGCCAACAAUUGGUUGGAUGUUUUAGAUACUAAAGGUGGAAUGUUAGAGGAUGAAGAUUUAAUCGAGUUGAUUUGUGAGAACAAAAGUAUGUCCAAGUCCUUAGCUGAAUAUGGUGCUCAAAAAUCCACCUCAAUUACUACUGCUAGAAGAUUAGGUGAAUUCUUAGGAGAGGAAAUGGUUAAAGAUGCUGGGUUGGCGACCAAGUAUAUUAUCAGUGCUAAACCCAUUGGGGCUCCAGUUACCGAACGUGCGGUUCCAGUUUCUAUUUUCUCCUCUGAUAAGAAAGAAUUGUUUUUGAAGAAAUGGUUGAAGGAUCCUUCAUUGAAUAAAUUCAGUCCAAGGGAUAUUCUUGAUUGGGAUUAUUAUGCUGAGAGAUUGGCUUCGGUUAUUCAGAAAAUCAUCACCAUUCCUGCUGCUUUACAAAAUGUUAAAAAUCCCGUUCCUCGAGUACAACACCCAGAAUGGUUGAAAAGAAUAGUAAAGAAUAAAGAAGACACUAAACAUCAGAGUUCAAUUUCUUCAUUUUUCACGAAAACAACAAAACAGGAAGCCAAGCUUAAGGAUAUUGAAGACUUCGGUGAAGUUGCUGCAUCAGUGGAAAAAACCAAAAUCAGUAAAGUUACUUCAAGAAAGAGAAAGUCUGGAAGAGCCAAUAUGGUGGAUCUUGCUGAAGAAGAAGAGAGAAAUCAAGCAAUUUUGAAUGGUCCAUGUCCGUCCAUGUUGGACGAUUAUCAAGGUUUCUUGCAAUACCAAAAGGCAAAGUGGAAAGUACAAGCUACUGGAAGAGAACGAAGAAGAAAAUUAUUUGGUUCUAAUGCUGAAAGUUCACAAAGAUCAACUGUUGGUGGUAUGAUUAGAAAACGUGCUGAGAAUAUUGCUGGCUCAAAUUGGGAAAUCUUGGAAUAUAAACCGGACCCAUCAAAACCAGGUGACUUAAAAGUUUAUAUUCUGGCUGGCGAGAAGGUCCAUUCUUUCAAUUUCCACGUCCCCAAAAAGGUAUAUGCUACAUUCAAAUCUGAGUUAUCAACAAAGAAAAUAAUUCCUGGGUGUGAAGUUGAAAAGUCCAACGCUAUAUUGCCUAAUGGUCAUGAUGCCACAAACUUGUACAAGCUUACAAUGCCACAAUCUGUAUUUCAAGAUCAGUUGAAAGAUGUUGACGGAAUUUUACAAGAUUCAAACAUUUUAGGACUUUAUGAAUCCAAUAUUGAUCCUGUGUCACGUGCAAUUAUUGAUCUUGGUAACACAGUUAAAUUUGAUGAUACUAGAGUCGGAGCCCUUGGUAAAGGUCUUAAGAAUGGUUUCAAUACGAAAGAACUUUUAAAGGUUGAAUCUGAUACAUACUUGAGAAAAUUUGACAUGGACAUGGUGUACUUGUUGCAUAUUGUCACUAAUAGUUAUGAAUUUUUCACUGUUUUUAAAACAUGGGAAAAUGAUUGUCAAAUGUUUGUGUUGAAGCCUUCUGCUGCUGCACAGGAAUUACCAAGCAACAUUCACAGAAUAUAUCGGGAAAUAUAUGAAACAAAGAAAGACAAGUUGGAAAAAGUUUCAAAUAUUGUCAAGUAUCCAGAAGAUAUGGCAUUUGAAGUUAACUAUUAUCAUGAUGCUUCCAAAUUAUUCAAGAAACUCAAUCAAUCCAUUGGUAAGAUACAUGAAAUGAGAAAUACAAAAGCUUUGUUUGCUGUUCAGUCUCCAUAUACAGAACGAAUCUUGAGCUUGCUUCCAACGUCAAAUGAUUUCCCUACAGUCAAAAUGAAUAUUAGAGAGUUGUCAUUACCUGCAGUUGGUUGGCAAACUUUGAUAUCCAAGCGAGUUAUCAAUCACUUUUUUGUAUUGGCCUCCUGGAUUAAGAAUUUGGUUACCUUUGCUAAAUACGCAAAAGUGCCACUUUGUAAUUUACAAAUUGAAAAUUUGGGAUUCUUAAUUGACAUAGAGUAUGCGAGAAGAUUGAGUGAAAAUAAUAUUGUUUUAUGGUGGUCGUCUAAUCCUACUCCAGAUCUUGGUGGGUUUGAAUUAGAUAGAGUGCACGAUUUUGAGAACUUGGAGUUCCCUACUAUCAAUAAUCCUGAGAUAUAUGAAACCACUUGUUUGGAAGUUGAAAUUGGUACUUUAACUAUCAACACAAUUCUUACUAGUUCACUUAUUAAUGAAGCAGAAGGUACUGAUUUGGCAGAAGAUGGUGUUCAAUUCGACAUGAACAAUGGUGCAUCAACAUUUGCAGAAGAUUCAUUUUCAAGUCCAGCGUUGGCUAUUCUCAGAUCAAUGGUUAAAGAUUGGUGGGAUGAUGCAUUAAGAAAUAAUGUGAAUGCUGACUCUAUAAUGAAUGCCUUGGUAACAUGGGUUAACAAAAACGAAUCAUUGUUGUAUGAUCCAGCAUUGCAUUACCACGUUCAUAAUUUAACUUCAAAAGCCCUUUUACAAUUAAUCAACGAAUUUAAAAAGAUGGGAGCACAAGUUAUUUUUGCUAACAGAAACAGAAUGUUGGUUCAAACUACUAAGGUUUCCGUUGAGAAUUCUUAUGCUUAUGGUCAGUAUAUUUUGAAAGCUGCUAGAUCUAAGCCAUUAUUCAACUUUUUAGAUUUGAAAAUUGUGAAGUAUUGGGAUCUUUUAGUUUGGAUGGAUGAAUUUAACUACGGUGGUAGAUGUUGCACAGAAAUUGUCAAUGAAGAGAUUCAAAACUUGAUACCUGAGAAUCAUUGGCAUUUGCAGAAAUUCUUGCCUAUUCUUUUCCAAAAUGAAUUUGAAGAUUGGAUUGUUAUUUUCUUAGAUGCAUUGUCAAAGUACAAGUCAGAACAUCUACUUGGAGGAGGUACCCAGAAUCCAAAUACACCAAGAGCAACACAAAUUGUUCACAUUUUGAGGGGACAAAAGAAGUUGGAAGCCAAGGAAAUUGAUGAAGAAGAUAUCAACAAUGGUGUCAUUGAAAUUUUCAGAAAACCGCUUACCAGAAGAAUUGAAAAGUUGUAUCGUCGACAACUUGAAGCCAUUUUAAAUCCAGAAUUUAAAAAGGAAUAUGAGUUUCCAAAAUUGGCUGGAUCACAUUUGAAUUUGAAGAAUCCGGUUUUGGAAUUGGUGAAGUUUUUAUGUGCCAUUUUUGCAUUAUCACAAAAGAGAACUAUUGAAGUUAGAUUGUUACGAAAGGAAUUGUUACAAAUUUUUGAUAUCAGAGAAUUUAGUAAAGAAGCUGUUUUUAACAACCCAAGUUCUUCAUUGAAACUUCCACAAGUUAUUUGUGAUUACUGUAACCAUAUAACAGAUAUUGAUUUCUGCUGUCAAAACGAAGAAUCUGUUUGGAAUUGUUCUAACUGUCAUAAGCCAUACGAUAAAUCAGCUAUUGAAGAAGGUAUCAUUUCACAACUUAAUAAAUUGUUUGUCAAAUUUUAUAGUCAAGAUUUGAAAUGUGAUAAAUGUAACCAAAUUAGAGGGAAUUAUAUGGAUUUACAUUGCAAAUGUUCGGGUAGCUGGAUAGAAACUAUGGAUUCACGUUCUAUGGAAAAGAAGUUUCAAAUCUUUAAUAACGUUGCUAAUUUCUAUAAUUUGAAAACGUUGAGAGGAGUAAUUGAAGAUAUGAAUUAG